AUGACGACAUUAACUACGUUCACCUGUUUUCCGGAGUUGCCGCCAGAGCUUCGAGAGAUGAUAUGGAUCGAAGCACUCACGGCCUCGCCAUGCGUGUGGUAUGCCAACAAGAACUGCUUCUACGGAUACGAGGAAGAAGAGAGAAAGGCGAGGGAUCCAUUCUUCACCCGCAUCAGCAAGUCGCCGCCUGAGUGUCGCACAGGCUUUACCAACAGAGAGUCCUGGUCCUUACUCCACAAGGUCUAUGACAGAAGACACUGCAUUGCAGAGCAUCCGCCGCUGUCCGGGGUCUACUGGGCAGAUUUCGGCAAGACCUUGUUCCACCUCGACAACUGGGAAACAGGGAUCUUCACACUGAUGGCCCUUGAGAACGCAUUUCUCGAAAGAAUCGAGCACGUCGGAUUGGAGUGGCGCAUGAGGUCCCAGAUGGGAGAAGUUUGCCAGUUCCUCGCCGCCCAUUGUCCGAGGCUGAAGACGAUCACUUUGCAGAAGCGAGACUGGCAGCUCAGCUAUUACCACGGUCCGCUCUUGGGGUCUGAUCCGACCGCCUUUUGUGAAUGGAUCCUGGGCUAUGAGGGUCCUGAGAUUACGCAUGACGUGAAGGACAAGUCGGAGCUCCGCGAUGAACUGAUGGACUAUUGGGAGGGAUCCGGGAGGAAAAGGCCUAAGAUGCAUCUUGUUUCGUCUUGCUCCCCGAACUUCAACUUCAUUCCACAUCCCACAGCCGGGAAGCUGUUCGUGAAAUUUUCUUGA